AGUGGUGUCGGCGCCGGCUGCGGGGAGGGUGGCGCCGCCGGAGCUCGCUGAGGGGGCAUCUGCACGGCCCAGAGCCGACGGCAGACCGAGCGACGACCAGGGGCCGACGCACUGCCACCGGCCGAAGAUUGGGACAGGAACAAGAGCAAACUCGUAAAAACUGACGCCAAGCUCUAUUGGAUAGAGAAAACAGGUUAGACGAUAAGACAGAUAAUUUAUCUGACAGAAGACAGCCAGCAGCAGUAUUCCAGAAGAUCAGGAAUCGCGUCCAUAUUGAGGAAUAGGAGACAAUCUUACUUGCCGAGCAAGCGUUACAUUACAUCGUCCGCUGGACGGAAGGUAAACCGAAUUAACUAAGACAGGCGCACUUCAUGCGUAAAACGAGACUGCAGCAAGAAUUGCUAAACCCCGAGUAACAAGUUAGAAGUCUGCAACCGACGGUAUCGCAGACCCAGCGAUCGAACUACUAAUUAACUCAAGUUUGACUAAUCAAGAACUUGAAACUGAGGCGUUCAUUUAGUAACGAAACUUUUCGGCACAAUCCAAAGCCGUACAAACUUCCAUCUGUCAAAGGUCCUUGUGAUACGCCUGAGCCCGUUGAACUUGGUUGAAAGGAAGCAGAAUGGCGGCAAAUGCCAGCGAAUUACUUCAGCAAGUGCACAAAAAAGUUUACGAUGAACAGUUUCUCAUCCUUUACGCAAACAACUCUUUGCCGCCGUUCCAGAACAUGUCCACGAUUAUUAUGGAGGAUCCGCAGAACUUUGUUCUGACCAUGAAGGUGCAGAUCAUCUUCUACAUGAUCUACUCCAUCAUCUUCCUGCUGGGCAUCUGCGGCAAUUUCCUGGUGGUGUACGCCGUGCUGCACAACAGGGCCAUGCAGAACGUCACCAACUUCUUCAUCCUGAACCUGGCGCUCUCGGACAUCCUGCUGUGCGUGCUCUGCGUGCCAUUCACCCCGCUGUACACCUUCCUCAACCGGUGGGUCUUCGGCAACGUCCUCUGCCACCUGGUGCCGUGCGCGCAGGCCAUCAGUAUCUACAUCUCCUCGCUGACCCUCACAGCCAUCGCCAUCGACCGCUUCGUCGUCAUCAUCUACCCGUUCCGGGCGCGGAUGCUGACGUCGACAUGCCUGGCACUGAUCCUCUGUACGUGGCUGUUCUCCACGGGCGCCACGCUGCCCUACGGCGUGUACGUCGAGUACAAGAUGACCACCGACGGCGACUACGUCUGCGAGGAGAACUUCCCGGACGACCUGCGCCUGACGUUCGGCACCAUCACCACCGUGCUGCAGUUCGUCGUGCCGUUCCUCAUCAUGACCGUCACCUACACGCUCAUCUCGCUGAAACUCUCCAGUCGCGUGCGCUCCAAGCCCGGCUCCAAGAGCGUGCGCAAGGAACAGGCCGACCGCGAGAGGAAGCGGCGCACCAACCGGAUGCUGAUCGCCAUGGUGGCCGUGUUCGGCCUCUCCUGGCUGCCGCUCAACCUGAUGAACAUCCUGGAGGACGUCUCCAUCAACCUGGGACUCGGCUGGGAGAACUGGCCCUACUUCCACCUGCUCUUCUUCGUCGCACACGCCAUCGCCAUGAGCUCCACCUGCUACAACCCGUUCCUCUACGCCUGGCUCAACGAGAACUUCCGCAAGGAGUUCAAAGAGAUCCUCCCCUGCUUCCGCGCUGCCAUCGCCGGAGGCAGCGGCACCGCCAGGGGCACCUUCGGCACGGGGCACACCCGGAACGGCAUCGGCAGGAACGGCGGCACGAGCGAGCCGCGCACGAACGGCGUCAGCCUGCAGCCGAGCCCGGCCGGGCGGCCGGAGGGCGGCCACGCUGGCGCCGCCGGGCCGCCGGUGCCGCUGACCAGCAUCCAGGUCAAGUACGAGGCCGGUAACGACAGCGUGCUGCUGCUGACGUCCGACCGGACCAGCGACGCCCGACACGUCUCCACGCUCACCGCCGAGACGGCCACAGACGCGUCGCCGCUCGUCACCGACCUCUAGGAAACUCUUGGAGCAUCAGGAGCGGAACCAAGCAUUCAAUCUGAACGGGCCAGGCCAUUGCCUGUCAGAAUAACUCAGGUCGAAAAACCUUUCAUCGAUGCAUCGCCAGUACGCUGACCUGAAAGCAUCGCCACUGAAUUCGAUCUCCACAUCAGCGGGAUAUUGUUACACCGAGAUGAAAUCGACGGCACGUUUCCGUCAGUGUAUGAUCAAGGUCGGCUCGGUGUAGAGGCUGCUGAACUGCCUCUGUGACCCAACUGGACGACUGAGCUGCCGGUAUUAGCCCUCGCCUGUCCCGGUGGUGUGUCCUGUUUGCUGUGCCGUGUGCAAGACAGACACGCGUCCAGUCAGACACCACAGACCAAAGUCCAGACACACGGCCAUUGUCGUGCGUGGUUGGCUAGGGAAACGGACGCCAGUGGCGAUAUGAGGUGGUCAAUGUCGGGUGUCUGGUGUGCCAGCAGGUCACCUGUCUCCCUCUGGUGCCCUCCGGUGCCGCUGGUGCCCUCGGUUUCCGCUGUGCCGCUGGUGCCGCCUGCGGUGCCGCCGUGAAGUCCACGUUACGGCCGGCUCCGACCCACGGUCUCUCUAGGACACCGUCUUGGCCCCGAGUUGAUCGCAGCGCCACCAGUCGGUCGGACUGGUGCCCAACAGCGACAGCUACCGACUCGUUGGGUCACGGCUGAAGUCUCGGCCCAGUUACAGACCUGUUGGAGUCCAGCCAUCUCGACAGCUGUCCUGUCGUCUCAGUCGCGGCUCUACUGCCUCGGUGCUAUACCGAUAGCUGCCGACUUGUCACAGCAGCAGCAACAGCUGAAUUUUUAUCUCAGAAGUUGCCGUCUCGCGGUGAGACACACGAGUGAACAUUGCUGUGCUGCAGCGUCUACCAUACGAUAUCCAGUGAAUGUCUGCAGACGUCUGCACUGCGCACAAGACUUAAAUCGGCGAAACAUUUACAGUUUAGCCGACCCAUUGUAAAAUAAAAUGAUCUCAAAUCCCAUCCAUUUUAGAGAUGAUGAACAAACAGUGCAAUGGUAUAGUGAUGAAUGAGCUCUCUUGUAGCUCUCCUCUUCGUGGGCGUGCGGUCCGCAGCGUGAUGGUAAUCAAUUAGUUUGAUCCAUGAACGCGGCUGACGGAACUUUGGAGGCCGACCUUCUUUAGAAGCCGGCGCGCAUGUGGCGCUUAGUGAAUGUAACAACAUUCUCAUGACAAAACGGCUUACGGCUCUGUAACUUAAUUGUAUAUACGUAAUGUGAUGUCACGCCGUGUGCGUUAUGGCACAUAAAGUGCACAUGGCAAGCUACACGGGCGAUAUCUACUUGAGCAGAAACUGACACCGUUAGGAUGUGAUGUAAUUGUACGUGGGAUGACUGGGUGGUUCGUUACGUGUCAUAUUCCCUUCCCUCCUCCCAUAUCAUUCGCUUUAGUUACUGUCAUCUAGUCAGCCAUUUCUGCUCAGUGUAUGUGGGAUAAUUUACCCGAGUCGUUAUGAUGUCUUAAUUAAAUGAUAAAUGCUGAAACACGUUGUGGUAUGGCCGGUUUCUAUUUCCUACGAAAACCUGUAUUUAUGUCGAUUACCCUCCAAAAUCAGCAUUCUUGUUUUUGGGGGCUAGCCGCUUUGUUCGGGUGCCAGUCAUGCUUUACGAAAAUAAUAAUAAAGUACCUCCUAAA